AUGAAUACCGCCUCCGGAUUUUCAGAUCCCCUCGUCUCCGAUACCCCGCUGCCCUUCGACGAGCUAUGCACGCGCAUCAAUGACCGCAUAGUCACGUUUCUCGACGCGACAGAUGUGUCUGAUCGCGUCAAGAAUGUGCAGGAGCAGACGCGAACCUCGCUGAGGGUCAUAGGAGAGGCUUUGGAGAAGUACAGUCUACCAGAGCUGUCUUUAUCGUAUAAUGGCGGUAAAGACUGUUUAGUUCUGCUUAUACUAUACCUCUGCGCGAUGCACAGGCGGGGUCUUACGCAGACCCCAAAUCCCUCGUCCAGCAUCGAAACCGCCGUACAGUGCGUGUACAUUCAGGACGCCCACCCCUUUCCCGAGGUCGAGGAGUUCGUCGCGCAUAGUAGCAAGAUAUACUGGCUGGCCUUGUUAGAAUACGCGAAACCCAUGAAGGCUGCCUUCGCCGACUACUUAAAAGACACGCCAUCUGUCAAGGCGAUACUGGUGGGGACACGGCGGACGGAUCCGCAUGGCCAACAUCUGAAGUUCUUUGACCCGACCGACUCCGGGUGGCCAGCCUUUGUGCGCAUACAUCCUGUCAUAGACUGGCACUAUGUGGAUAUAUGGACCUUUAUACGUUUCCUCAACAUACCUUACUGCUCGCUAUACGACCGCGGAUAUACCUCAUUAGGCGGCACUACUGAUACUCACCCAAACCCAAAGCUCGUACGCCAGCCGUCUACGCAACAAGUGCCCCAAAUUGGGAACGGGACCGGCGCCUCGAAGCCGAAGUUUAGGCCGGCAUACGAGUUGGUGGAUGACUAUGAGGAAAGACUAGGCAGAGAUAGGUAG